UGGGUCACCUUCAAAGGUAGCCCCACACAGAGCGCACUGCAGUAGUCCAAGCGGGAGAUAACCAGACCAUGCACCACUCUGACGAGAGUGGUUAGAUUUGAGUGAACGAGAGAGAAAAGUUAUAGUUUGCCCACAUUCCCGACUUCUGGGCAAUGAAUUUCUUCUCCCACCCAGGGAAUGCCAACAGCAGGUAUUCAACAGAUGCAGCAUUUCCAGCAUGGUGACUCAAUGGGCAGAGGCCUUGCUUGUUGUGGAACGGCUGCCUGGCAUGCAAGUGUUAAAUGCACACCAGCCUUGCCCAGAAGUGGCCGCCUUCAAGUACCUCCAUUCCUGAAAUGCUAGGCUAUUUUCUUUUGAAGUCAGGUUGGCAUGAGCUGGAGCUUUGUUCUCUUGCAACAUUUUGCCCCGUCGCGAAGAAAAGUCUUUUGUGCAGAGGAGUGGAAGCCCUUAAUGCUCUUAAUCUGGGUCAGACUUUGGACUGGUCUCUCAGGUUUAUUUUUAAACCAGGGAUUAAUGACGCUUCCUCGUUCCACCGACCAAAGGUUUUUCCUCUCUUCCACCCCCCGCCACCUGCCCCACCUUCUUCCAACUGCACCGAGUCUUCUGAGAGGGGUGAGAACGGACUGAGGAGAAAUGGUUGGCAAAGAAGACCGGGCCAUCUCUCUCGAGCUGGGCCAGAAUGAAGGCAUCGAGAACAACGGGUUUGUUCAAAGCGAGGAGCUGGAGGAAAAAGAGGCUGAUGCCACAAGCCAAGAUGGGUUGCCAAAAACAUGUACUCUUUUCAUAGAGUCUGAAACAGCGGAAAAGUUACCAGUGAGGCCUUACGCGGGGAUGCCCAAAGAAGUGCUCCUCCAGUUCUCAUCUCAAGCACGCUAUAAAAUUACCAGAGAAAUACUCUUCUGGUUGAUCAUUGCAUCCUCGCUGGUGCUUGUGGCAGCUACGAUUGCCAUUAUUGCCCUGUCCCCCAAAUGCCUUGGCUGGUGGCAAGCCAGCCCCAUCUACCAAAUUUACCCUCGGUCGUUUAAGGACACUGACAGCGAUGGGAAUGGCGAUCUCAAAGGUAUCCAAGAAAGGCUGGAUCACAUCCAGUAUCUAAAUGUAAAAACAAUCUGGAUCACAUCUGUUUACAAGUCUGCCUUACAAGAUUUGGGAUAUGGCAUAGAAGACUUUCGAGACAUAGACCCAAUGUUUGGAACCAUGAAGGAUUUUGAAAACCUGAUUGCAGCGAUACACGAUAAAGGUUUGAAAGUGAUAAUGGAUCUAAUACCUAACCACACAAGUGACAAGCACAACUGGUUUCAGCUUAGUCGCAAUCGGACUGAAAAAUACGCGGAUUAUUACAUCUGGCAUAACUGCACGUAUACCAAUGGGACCACCAAACCACCAAAUAACUGGGUGAGUGUGUUGGGGAACUCCAGUUGGCAGUACGACGAAGUGAGAAACCAGUGUUACUUCCACCAGUUUGGAAAAGAGCAGCCGGAUUUAAAUUUCCGUAACCCAGAUGUUGAAGAAGAAAUUCAUGAGGUUAUCAGAUUUUGGCUCGGCAAAGGCGUCGAUGGAUUUAGCAUUAGUACGGUCAAAUUCCUGCUGGAAGCAACGCAUCUGAGAGAUGAGCCUCAAGUCAAUAAAUCCCAAAAUCCGGACACUAUCACAGCCUAUUCUGAGCUGUAUCACGACUACACCACCACCCAGGUUGGCAUGCAUGAUAUUGUCCGCAGUUUUCGGCACACCAUGGAUAAGUUCAGCAGUGAGCCUGGACGAUACAGAUUUAUGGGCACAGAGGCAAAUGACCAUGAUGACGUUGAGAGAACCAUGAUGUAUUAUGGGACACCUUUCAUUCAAGAAGCAGAUUUCCCUUUCAACUUCUACCUCAUGAACAUGCAAGAAAUAUCAGGAAAUGGCAUUUUUGAAAUUGUGUCUUUGUGGAUGAAGAAUAUGCCGGAAGGCAAAUGGCCGAACUGGGCGGCUGGAAACCCCAACAGUGCUCGAAUUUCCUCUCGGAUUGGGAAGGAAUACAUAAAUGUCAUCAACAUGCUUCUUUUAACUCUUCCUGGAACACCUACAACCUAUUACGGUGAAGAAAUUGGAAUGGAAGAUACCACAUCAGAAAACGCAACCUUUCCAGAAAAAUCACCCAUGCAGUGGGAUGAUACUCUUAAUGCUGGCUUUAGUGAAGCCAACUCAACCUGGAUACCUGUAAAUCCUGACUAUCCAAAUGUAAACGUGAAGGAGCAAGAGAGUCAACAGAAUUCUACGCUCAGCUUGUAUCGAGAGCUCAGUUCCAUUCGUGCCAACGAGCUUCCCAUUUUUAGAGGAUGGAUGUGUUACGUUUGGAAUGACCGCGACGUCUUUGCAUAUGUGAGGGAACUGGAUGGGUUAGAUCAAGUGUUUAUGGUGGUCCUAAAUUUUGGACUGCAGACCGUAACUAAUCUGCAGGGUUCAGUUCCCGGUAUUCCCUCCGAAGCUACUGUAAAGCUAAGCACGAAUGUUGUCAACAGUGGCAAAGUAGUAAAUACCAAAGCAGUCGCAACUGAAAAGGGAGAAGGACUCAUUUUGGAAUACUGGACAAGCGAACCUGUCCACCAGAUGGAAGCUUUCAAAGAGAAGUGUUUUGUUGCAGAAAAGGCAUGCUAUUCAAGCACCUUCAACUUACUCUAUGCGUAUUGCUAAGUGGCAAUGGUUUGUUCCAAAUCUAUGAGUUGUAAUUUCUUUACAAAAGGUACAGCAGCUUUGAAGGACCAAAUGUGAAUGCUGUGUUUAGAUAGCUUUUGGGUGUGUAUGUGCGUGUGUUUUUAAUUACUUGUUACUUGUUUGCCAGCUGUCCAAAAAUGGAAAACUUUACAGAAUUUGGAACCUUGCACUUUGGCACAAAAAUGUUUGGAACACUGCUAUAUCUGAAAAGAUCACUUGUCAAUUUCGAGCGCCACAGGGUACAGCUAAACAUGAUGCUUUUCAUGCUAUUUGGUGAAAUUACAUUAUAUACAUUAAUACGCACCACUUGCAGCAACACUCGGAGGCCUCCCUUGAGAUUUGGAACUCUCAAAAUGACCUUUUUAUCUUGUAUUGGAUUGGAUUGUACCAUCCAUGCUCCCUUUUCUUGACAGUUGUAUUGUGUUUCUCGGUUUUUUAUUUUUCUAUCCUAGGUUCUAUACUUAAGACUUUAAAAAGCCAAUAAAAACGACUAAAGCAAAAGUAAAAACAAAAAAACUGUAGCAGGUCAUUUUGGGGCAUCACUGUCUCCACUUUAGAAAUUAUCAGAAAUAAUUUCAUGCACUGAGCAGUGGCUGGACUAGAAUUAGUUCCCAGGUCUCUUCCAACUACGAGUCUGCCACAUGCAUAGGCUAAACUUCAUCUCCUACCUUCAUGGCAGCAAAGAUAAUUGCAGAAUUUGGGAUUAUCUUCUAGCAUACUGAAAAGGAAUGCAUCUGUAAUGUUUGAACCAUUCUGUUACAAGCACUACAUAGGUCGGCCCUUGAAAACAAUCUGGAAACUUUGCCAAACUUCUGACAGGAGACAGGAAAACAGAACAUAUCACUCUAGUCCUUCACCAACUGCAUUGGUUCCAUUUGUUUCUGAAUUCAAUUAAUGGUGCCAGGUUUGACAUUUAAAGCACUAACAGUGCAAUCCUAGUCUAUUUACAAAUUAAGUCCCGCUGAGGCUUAUUCCCACACAAGGGUGUAUGAGCUUACAGUCUACAUGUCCUUAAGAAUAGUGUCAUUCUGUUUGAACCAGCCUGGAAACUUCCAGAUUGUAGAAUACCUUGCCUAGGGGGGUAAGCUUGCCUUCUUUACUGAUUUUUGGUCUCUAUGAUAUUUUAGUCAUUAUUUUUACUGUUUUGUUUUUGGUUUCUAUGAUUUUGUAUUCCAUGAUUUGCAAUUGCUCUUUUAUAUUGUUCAGCUCAUGUGCUUAUUUUUUCUAGCCAGAGGCCACGACAAACUUGUAGCAAUAGUAAUACACCAUACAUCUGUAACAUAAGCCAACAUCUAUGAUGUAAGAGAGAGAGAAAUUAUUGUGAACAACCUUGUGGAAGGUGUGAUAAAAUUAAUUCAAGUAAA